AUGGAUGACCCGUCUGAUACUGAUAUCGAUUUAGAGAUUAAAACGAAUGACCAUUCGGUUGUUGUGCCUGCCAUUGACCACAGCUUCCGCGCUGAGUUCCAAUCCAUUAGUCAAGGCUCCCUCUCCAAGAGUCUUGCCAACACCAAUUUGUCCCCUGUCCUUUCCAAUCCCACCACCAUCCCCAUGCCCACUCGUCCUAGCACUACCACUCGCGACUCCAAUAGUGACUCGACAUUCUUUGCCAGCCUUAUCUAUCACUUGUUGGAUGAGGACGAGUUGUGCCGUAGAUUGAAUACGAAUUCAAUGAUUGGUCUGGACACCCCAGAGUGUGUCCACCGUCUAAAGACCAAUGGUCCCAAUUUGUUUGAUCAUGUCCGUCCCAACUAUAUGAAGAUAAUGCUUCGUUAUGUAUUUGGUGGCUUUUGUAGUAUCCUUUGGGUUGGUGCACUUGUCUUCCUCCUAUGUUGGCAACCAUUGAGUGACCCACCCAACACCACCAACCUGGCCUUGGCCAUCCUAAUCUUGUUCGUCAUCUUCCUCCAAGCAUCGUUCGCUGCCUUCCAAGACUGGUCUACAAAGAGAGUGAUGAGGUAUAUCUUGGAUCUGUUGCCAACUGAAUGUUUGGUGAUGCGUGAUGGCCAGACUAGUGAUGUCGUGGUUGGUGAUAUUGUCCAUAUGAAGAUGGGUAGUAAAGUGCCUGCGGACAUGAUCGUCAUCCAGACUUCGGGUGACCUCAAGGUGGACAACUCUGUGCUCACAGGCGAGAACAAACCAGUACAUAUUCAGACCGUCCCAACCAAUGUCAGCUUCCUCGAGUCUAAGAACGUUGCAUUCAUGGGAUCGUACGUGGUCAAUGGUUCGGGCAUCGGAGUUGUCGUGCUUACUGGUAACUCAUCGGUAAUGGGCCACAUCAACAAGUUGACAAUCAGUCGAAAGGAGAAGGUCACACUGAUCCAGCGUGAGAUUAAUCGAUUCGUUCGCAUCAUCUUGAUCCUAACCGUCAUCCUCGUGUCCAUCCUCGCCAUCGAAUGGGUUGGCUUCCUGCGUCCCAAGCAUCCAGAGUUCAUGACCACCGUUGGCAUGCUAAUGAACAUCAUGUCCUGUGUUGUGGCCUUCAUACCUGAGGGCAUGCCUAUAUGCGUGGCCCUCACACUCCUCGUGAUUGCCAAGAGAAUGAAGAGCAGCAACAUCUUGCCCAAGGCCUUGACCACAGUGGAGACCCUCGGCUGCGUCAAUGUGAUCUGCUCGGACAAGACUGGCACUCUCACACAGAACAAGAUGUUUGUUACCUCGGUCGGCUUCAUCAACCAUCAGACCGAGCCAGAGAGUGUCCACGAUAUCAUCUCCAACAACAACCACUCGCCAACAUCGCGUGCAUACCAACAGAUGCAACUGGCUGCACUCCUGUGCAACAACUCGACCUGGGACGCCUCGACCAUGGAGCUGGACAUGUCUGAGCGCAAGAUCAAUGGUGACGCGACCGAUGCUGCCAUCUUUCGAUUUGGCGAGGAGGUGGCAUCUGCUGUGCGUACCAACACACGUACCUCAUUCCCCCGAGUGUACGAGAUGCCAUUCAACUCGAGGAACAAGUUCAUGCUGACCAUGCAUCGAGUUGAGGGUGAUGUCCCGCAGUACGACCCAUCGAUCAACAUCUUUGGUCGUCCAGUUGGAGCGCCGGCUAAAGAGCAUCUGGUGUUUGUCAAGGGUGCCCCUGAUGUGUUGCUCCAUCGCUGCGUGGACAUUGUCAAUCCUGCGACCAACACCCUGCAGCCAUUCAAUGCUGAUGCCAUGGAGAAGAUUGAAGCCAUCCAACAAAAGUGGUCACGUGCUGGCCAGCGUGUUUUACUGGUCUGUCGCCGCUUCUACACUCCUGUGUCGGCGAUCGGUUGUGCUGUAUUCCAGAAAGAGAUGGAGGACUUUUGUGUUCGCGACCUAACUGUGAUUGGCCUGUUGGGCUUGAUGGAUCAGCCCUUCCCCGAGAUCGAGGAGACCGUCGCCACUUGCCGUCGUGCUGGCGCACGCUUUUUCAUGGUCACUGGAGACUACAGCCUCACGGCCGCAGCCAUCGCUCGCCAGAUUGGUAUCUUCACACAGACUGAUUGUGAGCCAGAGACCUAUGAGGACCUUUUGCUUGAGCCGUCCGAGGCCCACUUCACAUCUGGCAAGAAAACGGCUUUGUUGCUGACUGGUCAUGAUCUGAGCAAGUUGGACGAGCGCGGAUGGGACACAGCAUGCAAGUACGAAGAGAUCGUAUUCGCCCGCACAUCACCGGAACAGAAGUUACGAAUUGUUACUGAACUCCAGAAGCGUGGCGCUGUCGUGGCUGUGACUGGUGAUGGUGUGAAUGAUGCUCCAGCCUUGAAAGCAGCAGAUGUAGGUGUGGCCGUAGUGUCGGGCACUGAUGUGGCCAUUGAAGCGGCCGACCUCGUACUCUUGGGUAGCUUUGAUAAGAUCACCGAGGCCAUCCUUCUCGGCCGCCUAGUCUUCCAGAACCUCCAAAAGGUCAUCUCAUUCCUCUUGCCUGCGGGCUCAUGGUCCGAGAUCAUGCCAGUGAUCGUCAACUCCUUCUUUGGCGUGCCAUGUCCACUGUCCAACUUCCUGAUGCUAAUCAUCUGUUGCUUCACCGACGUGUUCCCAUGCCUGUCACUGAUCAUGGAGACGCCCGAGAUCUACGUCCAAUCCUACCUGUUCAUGGGCACGAUGAUGGCAAUCGUGUCCAUGUUCCUGUUCUUCAUGUACAUCGAGGAGUACACCGGCCUCUCUUGGUAUGACCUGGCCUUCACCUACGGCAACAUCGAUUUCUCUCGGGCCAAAGUGUCUGCAGACGACUUCAACAACAUCUACGUGCCAACUGGUACGUGUGUCACAUUCAUAGCGCUGGUGAUGGUGCAGUGGGGCAACAUAUUGUCGGUGCGCAAUCGUCGCAUGUCAAUGUUCACCGAUGAUCCCAUCCGACCCAAACGUCGCAACUACUGGCUAUUCCUCAGUUGGGUAUGCUCAUUGGUUAUCGCACUGAUUGUUACCAAGGCCAAGCCAUUCCAAGACAUCUUCCAGACGCGUGACGUGCCCAUCAAGUACUGGCUGCUACCACUACCCUUUGCACUUGGCAUCCUACUCAUGGAUGACAUUCGUAAACUGUUUGUUCGACUAUUUCCACAUGGACCAGUUGCAUGGAUUGCUUGGUAG